AUGGCUCCCUCCGCUCUAGAGUUGGAAAACCACCAGCGUGAUGCUGACUUCAACCGUGCUCUCCACGGUUCCUCCGCCGAGGCUCAGGGUGGUUUCGCUGCCAUGCGCCAGAAGAGCGCUGCUGCUCAGAAGGCCGCUGUCGACGAGUACUUCAAGCACUGGGACAACAAGGCUGCUGAGGUUGAAACAGAGGAGACUCGCGCUGCCCGUCGCGCCGAGUACGCCACGUUGACCCGACACUACUACAACCUUGCUACCGAUCUCUACGAGUACGGAUGGGGUACAUCCUUCCACUUCUGUCGCUUUGCCCACGGAGAGCCCUUCUACCAAGCCAUCGCCCGUCACGAACACUACCUCGCCCACCAGAUGGGUCUCAAGCCCGGCAUGAAGGUGCUUGACGUUGGCUGCGGUGUUGGCGGUCCUGCCCGCGAGAUUGUCAAGUUCACCGAUGCCAACGUGGUUGGUUUCAACAACAACGACUACCAGAUCCAGCGUGCUACCCGCUAUGCGGAGCGUGAGGGCCUGAGCGACAAGCUGAGCUUCGUCAAGGGCGACUUCAUGCAGAUGCAGUUCCCCGACAACUCCUUCGACGCUGUCUACGCCAUCGAGGCUACUGUCCACGCGCCCGAACUCGUCGGUGUCUACAAGGAGAUCCAGCGUGUGCUCAAGCCUGGUGGUAUCUUCGGUGUCUACGAGUGGCUCAUGACCGACGAGUACGACAACGAAAACCCCGAGCACCGCACAAUCCGUCUUGGUAUUGAGCAGGGAGACGGUAUCUCCAACAUGGUCAGGGUGUCCGAGGGCCUGGCUGCCAUCAAGGACGCUGGCCUCGAGCUGCUCCACCACGAGGACCUGGCUGAUCGCCCGGAUGCGAUCCCCUGGUACUACCCUCUUGCUGGUUCGUUCAAGCACAUGACCUCGCCUUGGGACUUCUUCACCAUUGCCCGGAUGACAUGGUGGGGCCGUGGCUUCGUUCACCGUUUCGUCGGUUUCAUGGAAACCUUCAAGCUCUUCCCCCGGGGUACACAAAAGACCGCCGACAGUCUGGCGUUGGCCGCCGACUGCCUUGUUGCCGGUGGUGAAAAAAAACUGUUCACUCCUAUGUAUCUCAUGAUUGGAAAAAAGCCGGAGUAA